UGAAUCUGCCAACCGGAGAGCCAGGAUGAGGGUGAUUUUGUCUCUUUGCUUUCUUCAUUUACUUGGACUGACAGUUCUGGCUGAAUAUCAAGGUAGAAAUGUAGCAUUGUAUGGAAAGGCCACCCAGUCAGACCUGAUUGGACACCCCCAUUCAGGGGAAGGUCAUGCCCAAAAUGCCAUAGAUGGAAAUCGUGACUCACAUUUCCAUCAUGGAUCUUGCACACAUACUGAUGCACAGCCUAAUCCCUGGUGGAGGGUUGAUCUACUGAGGCAGUACACUAUUACUUCAGUGGCCAUCACCAACAGAGGAGACUGCUGCGCUCUGGGAAUCAACGGAGCUGAGAUUCGUAUCGGCAACUCCCUGCGGGACAAUGGCAAUCACAAUCGACUGGCAGGGGUUAUAUCCUCUAUCCCAGCUGGGAGAACCCUCACCUUCAGCUUGGAUAAAGGAGUGGAUGGCCGCUAUGUUAAUGUUAUUUUGCCUGGAAACAACAAGGCUUUGGCACUUUGUGAGGUGGAGGUGUAUGGCUAUCCAGCACCAAAUGGUGAGAAUGUUGCUUUAAGAGGGAAAGCAACUCAGUCAGACCUUCAUAGCAAUGGAUUUGCAUACAAUGCCAUUGAUGGGAAUUGUGACGGAAUAUGGGACCAUGGUUCCUGUACUCACACAAAAGCUCAUCUCAACCCUUGGUGGAGAGUGGAUUUGCUCCAAAAAUAUAAAGUCUUCUCUGUGAGAAUUACCAACAGGAAGGAUGGUACUCCCAGUAGACUGAAUGGAGCUGAAAUCAGAAUUGGAAAUUCUUUGAACCACAAUGGCAUCAACAACCCCAGGUGUGCCGUAAUCUCCUCUAUUCCUGGUGGAUUUUCCGAGACCUUUAAGUGUAAUGGGAUGGAGGGACGCUAUGUUACCGUGGUGAUUCCUGGACGUGCAGAGUUUCUUAUACUCUGUGAGGUGGAGGUAUAUGGAUCACCGCUGGACUAAAGUCCAGGGAAACAGCACAGGAGGAGACAAGCCAUCUGUACACCAAUAUUCCUGUAGCUGUAUAUUUU